GCAGUCAUAUGACGUUGUGGUGGUUUUGUCAGGUCCACGGGCGGCGGUGGAGCCUGAAGGAAAGUUUUAUUUUGUCCCAACCCGACGAUAACAGAUGUUUGGUUUCCUUUUUUAUUAAUAUUUCGUUCGACGUGAAUGAGGCUCCGCGAUGAUGGCGGACUGUUUCUUGCAGCUUUGUUUGCUAGCCGUGUUUCAGCUCGGUUUGCGGGCUCAGUUCGCUCCCGAUGAGGUGACCCAGCUGCCUGGUAUGAUGUUCAAACCCAACUAUCGACAGUGGUCAGGGUACCUCCAGGCUCGGCCCGGAAAGUUUCUCCAUUACUGGUUUGUCACUUCUCAGAGGAACCCAGCGAAAGACCCUCUGGUGCUCUGGCUGAAUGGAGGACCCGGCUGCAGCUCCCUGGAUGGAUUUCUGUCAGAGAACGGACCGUUUCAUGUAAAUGAUAACGGAGCCACACUGUAUGAGAAUCCAUUCAGUUGGAACAAGAUUGCCAACGUGCUGUAUCUUGAAUCUCCCGCAGGAGUGGGAUAUUCCUACUCUGAUGACCAAAAAUACGCCACUGAUGACGACCAGGUCGCUGAUGAUAAUCACAAAGCCCUGCAGAGUUUCUUUGCCAAAUUCCCAAACUUUACUCAGAAUGAGUUCUUCAUCUUUGGGGAGAGCUACGGUGGAAUUUAUGCUCCAACGCUCAGCUUACGCGUUGCCACAGGAAGUCCCAAAAUGAAUUUUAAGGGCUUUGCAGUGGGGAAUGGACUCAGCAGCUUUGCUCUCAAUGACCAGUCUUUGAUCUACUUUGGUUAUUACCACGGCCUCUUUGGAGAAGAUUUGUGGCGCGAUUUGAACAAAAAUUGCUGCAACAAUGGAAGCUGUAACUUCCAUGACCCCACUACCCAGGACUGCAAGACGAUGGUAAACGUGGCCUUUAGUAUUGUAUAUGAUAGUGGACUUAAUGAGUAUGCCCUCUACUUGGAUUGUGAAGGUCAAAGAGGCUAUCAGAGGACCAUGAGUCAUCUGUUUAGGAACUACAGGAAGCACCCAUACACUCCUAAGUUUUCAGGUACAGCGACGCCUUCUCUGCGUGAAGUCCCUCCCUGCAUCAACAGCACAGCUCAGACGAACUGGCUGAACAGAGGCGAUGUGAGAAAAGCUUUACACAUUCCAGAUACUUUACCGCCUUGGGACAUCUGCAGUGAUGUCGUUGGAGGCCAGUAUAAGGUCCUCUACAUGACUAUGAAGGACGUGUAUCUGAAGCUGCUGUCUCUGGGCCUUCAGGCACUAGUCUACAACGGAGACACCGACAUGGCCUGCAACUUCCUGGGAGACCAGUGGUUUGUGGAAGAUCUCGGCAUGAAGCCAACCACCAAAUACCAAAGCUGGAUUCACGAUGACCAGAUUGCAGGUUUCUAUCAGCAGUUCGGAAACAUCACUUUUCUGACAGUCAAGGGUGCAGGUCACAUGGUCCCUCAGUGGGCCCCAGGUCCGGCCCUCCACAUGUUCCAGUCUUUCAUUACAGACAGCACCUACUGAGCCGUGAUGGACGCUGUAUUCUGUAAUACACAUCCCUUGUUAAGCAUGGCAUUUUCUCAGGGUUAAAUUAGCCAAGAAGACAAAAGCACUGUUGUGGCACAUAUUUGUAGCAUUGAUUAUUCAGUUCACUGUUGAAUUCUUGGGAUGUGGUGGUGGUUUUUCUUCAUCGGGUGAACAGCCCCUUUUAAAUUUCCUUCAUCCAGGCUGGAGCUGAAAAGGGGAGACUAUACGACUCAUAACUAAAGACACAGUUUGCAGAACUUUAAAGGGAAAUAAGCUUAAAUAAAAAAAUAUUAAUGAAUACCCAGUUAUAAAUCACUCUUGCCUUCAAUGUCGCUGUGAGCCAGUGAAACACUUUUAAACAUGUUCGGGAAGGAUGAAAAAAAAAAGGGGCUACGCAUCCUACAGCAUUUAUUAAAUACCGAUAUAAAAAAAGUGUAUGGUCAUCCACGGUUUGAUAAUUUAAGGUUGCACUUUUUAUUAUCAUGUGAAGCGUGUAUUAUUGCCUGUGCCACUACUUCAUGCUUUUGUGGUACAAUUUUUUUCUUUUUGUCUCCCUGAAGAUGCUCAAACUGUCCAGAUCAAAACACAAGUUGUAAUUGUCUUUUUAUUAAAUGAUUUCUUGAAUGCA